AUGACGACCAUCGAACGUAAGCCCACUGCAGAACUAUCCAAACCUACUGCCCCUGUCGGGUCCCUUACCGUCACACCCCCAAUCACACCGAAUGCGACCAGUACCGCGGCGCAUCAGCUAGUUUCCGAGAUCAGGGACAUAUACACGGUACUCAACGAACUAUCGUCAUUAGCGCCGUCGGAGCAAGUCAACUCUCUCCUCACACGACUCGUAAACCUCUGCGUCGUACCUUACAGCGCAGAAUUUACAUCGUAUUUUUUCCGUAUACCUGCCACAGAGAGCCUUUGCUCCAAUUUGCGACCGCUAUGUUCAGAAGCCGAAGGAGAGUUGGAGAACUUCUGGGCAAAGCGCAUGCUCAACGACAUCAGCGGUACAAUCACAACACCUGAGGACAUUCUGACAACUUUCCCUUACCACCAAAAUUACGUCGAUCUCUCCCGCUUGGAAUGUUCUACCAUAGAAGCGUUCCUCCCCAGCCCACCGUCCAAAAUCGCUUUCAUCGGCUCCGGUCCAUUACCUCUGACCUCCCUCUGUUUCCUGGACCGCUAUCCUAACGCGCAAGUGCAUAACGUGGAUCGCGAUGCCUCCGCGCUUCAAGUCAGCGAAUCGUUAUGUAAGCGGUUAGGCUAUGGCAAGCGCAUGAGUUUCGCUUGUGAAGACAUUACCGAGGUUUCGUCAAACUCCGAAUGGCAAUCGUGCCAGGUCGUCUUCCUUGCUGCGCUGGUUGAAACUGGUGCCAGGUACAUUGGUGGUGGCAAGGAGCGCGCAGGUCAUGUCAGGCAGUAG